GUGGGACAGAGUGCAAACUACAGUCACAAAGCCGGAUACUAGGUGCUCUGGCAUUCAAAUGAGCCACUGCAAGUCAGUAUAUACCAAGACUUCUGGAAGAGCUGCCAUGCUGAGAAGAGGCAGGAGCGGCAGAACCCGACAUUUGGCCUGGAGUGAGACGCGGCACGAGACAGAUGCCAUGACGGUGGUCGACAUGUCCGACAGAGAAGAGAGGGAGAGCCAAGCAGCAACACAGCAGAUCAGCGACUCGGAGUUGGAGGUGGAUUACCUGGCGGGAUCCCAGACAGUUUCCGAGGCACUUGCUCUGCCCAGCACGGCACCGGUGAUCGGGGAGUCGUUCUGUCUCUGUGAGCGACAGGAGGAGCUCGGUCUGGGCCUCGCUGUCGUCAGGGACUGCCUCUGUGGGGAAGAGGAUCAGGUGUUUGACUGGGCGUGGGAUGAGCAAGGCAAAUCCUCCGGCGCCUUGCUCAGCUGUGACAACAGGAAGGUGAGCUUCCAUUCAGACUACAGCUGUGGGACUGCCGCCAUCCGCGGCAGCAGGGCGCUUUCAGACGGCCAACACUACUGGGAAGUGAAGAUGACUUCUCCCGUCUAUGGGACGGACAUGAUGGUGGGGAUCGGGACUUCAGAGGUGAACCUUGAGAAGUUCAAGUAUAGCUUUGGCAGCCUGCUAGGCCACGAUGAAGACAGUUGGGGGCUCUCCUAUACAGGCUUGCUUCAGCACAAAGGAGACAAGGUGAAGUUCUCCUCGCGGUUCGGUCAAGGAUCGAUCAUAGGAAUACAUCUGGACAUGUGGCACGGCACGCUGACCUUCUAUAAAAAUCGACACCUCAUAGGUGUAGCAGCCACUACGCUGCAGAACAAGAAGUUCUACCCCAUGGUGUGCUCCACAGCAGCCAAGAGUAGCAUGAAGGUGAUCCGAGCCUCCUACACGCCCACCUCUCUGCAGUACCUUUGCUGUGCCCGCCUGCGCCAAAUUUUGCCCCGUUGUCCGGACAUAAUUAACGCCCUGGAGCUGCCCCCGGGCCUGCGCGUCCUCCUCCACACCCAGCUGCAAUGGGUGUUGAACCUCAGGAACAGCUCUGAAAUGUCAGAGGAGGAAGAAUACAUGCCCGAGGAGGUCCACGAGGAGACGAGCCUGCCUCCAAGCUGCGACCCCAUCCCCGUAUCCACCCUGAGUGCCUGUCCCUCGCUGUUUCCUGAAGCAACCCCGUACCUCUGCCCCUGUCACACAUCCCCUCAGGCUCAGUCCAGGACUUGCCACUGCCCUCCAACGCCUCCGAGCAGCGACUACGACAGCUGCUGCUCUGAGCCGGAGGAUUAUCAGUGCAAAAGAUGUCGUUGGACAUGACGUGGUCGUUCAAAUGUUUGGCACAUCGCUGUUCUACCACUGCCACCAGUAUCUCUUGUUGAUGUUGUCAUCCUGAGUGUAUCAUUGCCUCACGUUUUUUUAUUCAGAUGACUUUUAAUGGAAAAAAAAGCAGUAUUUAUGUAAUGCAUGAGCCCUUCAAUGCUAUUCGUAUGUUACAGUAUUCUCAUUGUAGCCAAUUUCCUUUGCUUGGCUGAUAAGAAUAAUCUUUUUGCAUUUAUAUAUAUAUAUAUAUAUUUUUAAAUUAAUCUUUCUACUAUGCCAGUUGUCACAGGCUGACUGGUUAGGCAGUGUGCUCCAGUACCACAAAACUACAAAGAAACACUGGAAAACCUGUGAAUGGUAUUUUCUCUGGGAUAGAGAGGCUUUUUGUACCGUGAGUUUUUGUAAAUCUUUUCUAAUCACUAUUUUGCCUAAAUGGCAGCUGUUGUUGCUUAACAGGGAUUUGCUACUCAGCACUGUUUUGUAUUUACAGUUAUGCUUUUGAUUAUGAACUUUCUUA